UUUGUCAUGUCAUGUCAACCUAAAAAAAUUGAAAAAUUGUUUCGCUUACCUCUGGUUUGUUAUUUCGUGAAUUUAGAACUAUUCCUGGGAAUUAUUGUCUGAAAAUGUCUGCAAUGAAAGACGUUGCAUCGCUUUACCAGUCCCUCAAAACUGAGUGGGCCAAGAAACCACGGAAACUCGACAAAUGCGGAGAAAUUCUUAACAAAAUUAAAGUAGCAUUAACAGAAUUUGUAUUCCUGCCCAGUAAUAACACAGUUGCCAAUCAGAAGGAGCUAAUAUUGGCCCGAGAUGUGUUGGAGAUCGGUGCACAGUGGGCGGUCGCCGCCAAAGACGUGAAGGCAUUCGAACGCUACAUGUCACAGCUCAAAUGCUAUUAUUUCGACUACAAAGACCACCUCCCCGAGUCUGCAUUCAUGUACCAGCUGCUCGGGCUCAAUCUGCUGUUCCUGCUGUCCCAGAACCGCGUGGCAGAGUUCCACACGGAGCUGGAGCGCCUGUCCGUGGACGUGAUCCGGGCUGAUCCGUAUGUGAAGCACCCGCUCGCGCUCGAGCAGUACUUGAUGGAGGGAAGCUAUAAUAAGAUCUUUUUGGCCAAGGGCAACGUCCCAGCAGAGAGCUACAUGCUCUUCAUGGACACCCUCUUAGACACGGUGCGGGGCGAGAUCGCCGCGUGCAUCGAGCGGGCGUACCUGUGCAUCUCGUGCGGGGAGGCGGCGCGCCGGCUCAACCUGCCCUCGCAGCAGGCCGUGAGGGAGUACGGACAGAAGCGCAACUGGGUGCUCGGCAGCGACAACUGCUACCACUUCAACGCGGCAGAAGAGUCGUCGGCCGCGUCCGCCGGCACGCUGCCUUCUUCCGAGCUCGCGGAGCAGACCAUAGAGUACGCGCGACACCUCGAGAUGAUCGUCUAGGUGUUCAACCUUUUUGCUGUCACAUGCCUAGUUCUGAAAAAUAAAUUGUGUGCCGCCAAUGUGCCGCUGGCUGGAAAACUGCGCGAGGCUGUUAUUAUUCUGAGGGGGAAGUGUUUGGCCAAUCUACAGGGUUACCUAAGCAACUGUGUAGAGUAAAACGGAACUAGGUAUAAACUAUUGUAUUGUAUUUGUAAUAGAGUCUGAAUAAAAGAGAUUUUCUUAU